CCCGCCCCGAGCGGCGGAGCGAGGAGGAGGGGCGUGCGGCGGCGCGGCCAGGAAUGGCGGCCCUCGGUGCCGUCCGCCGCCGCGCUGAGGCCUUUCCAGCUUUCUGGAAGCUGUGCGUUUUGGAUCUUUCUGAUGCUCCUCAGAAGUAAAACCACCUUUGGCGGUGAAACAAUCAGUUCCAAGCGUGGCCGCUUUCCCCAGCUGCCUGAACAGCCGCUGGAUCCGGAGGGCAGUUGUGCGGUGUGGUUUGUGUUGGUGCUUGGUUGGGUUGUGCUUCCCCCCAGUUGAGGUGCUGGAAGGAGAAGCUCCCAUCUCCCAUCUCCUGCCUUUAUCUCCAGGCCUUGUGUUUUGAGUGGCGUGAGCACAGUGACCCGAGGAAGAUCAGGGAGGUCAGUCACAGGAGGAGAUGAGGAGUAGGGGGCCAUGUAGAGGGAGAAGGAUGAGAGCCCUCCUGACUAUUUCAGCUCCUUGGGGAAGCACAGCCUGUUAAGUUUCAUUUACAGUGCUUGGAUGUCAUUGUGGGAAAUUCACAACUCAAGAGCUCUCUUUCUGUUUUGCUUGAAGCUUGGUAAUUCUCUUUUGCUUUCUGCUAGCUGACAGACCAGAGUUCUGUGCUGAGGCACAUGCCAGGUGAAUUUGUCUUUGGAGUGCAGUAAAAAGCUACAGUGUAGCUUGUUUUUACCUCUGUGGUUUGAUGUGCUUUGCAGUUCUGAAUGUUGAAACUCUGCAGGUUGGUCUUUCUAGUGGAGGACAUCUUCAGUGGCCGUACCCAGAGAGUUUGUGUAGUCCAGGUGAAGGAGUAAACCUCAGUGCCUUUUGGUCUGUACACUACAAAUGGUGAAUUUGGGGCCAUUCACACCCAAAUCAGAAGUUACACGGAGUACAUCCCAGUGGGGAAGUGGAGGAGUUAGAAUAUCCCAAGUUGGAAAGAAUCUGUAAGGGUUACUGAGUCCCAUCAAGUUGCUAGGUUUUAACCUAUAGUCACACAAAUACUGAGCUGGUAGUGCAAAGGGAUAUUUAAGGGGGAUGUUUUAGUCCACGGGCAGCUUCCUCUAAAAUAAACCUCCUGAAGAAGGCAGGAAUUCAGCUGUCCAAACCAGUCUUUCAGGUUUUCAAUAUAUUUGGUUUGGUGUGACUACUGUUGUAGAAAGAGAAGGGGAAAACUGAAAGCUUAUAGAUUUGCCCGUUUCUUUUUUUUUAAACCCUAAACUUGUAAUGCAGUGGUUUUGAAAUUAGGUUGCGUUUAUAAAGCAUAUGUUUUUUUCAUUGGAUAAGUGGUCCUGGAAUGCACCAAGAUGAUUUUAUUUGGAUCACAAAACGUUUUUGCAUAUACUGGUUUUUAGGAGCAUGAAAGUCUUCAGUGUUUGCCCUAAAGUUUUGAUAGAAUGUGUAGUGUUUUCUGCAGUGCUUUGCAUUACUUGUUGCCAGCUGUACAAAAGCUUCUUUUCAAGUUCCCUAACUAAGAAAAGAAAUCCUUCCUGGUAAAGGAAGUGGACCAGAACAAAUAUUUUCUGCAUGGUGAAUUUCCAGUUAUUAAAGGUGUACAACUGUCAUUUUAACUGCAAAAUUGAUCUGUGUGCUGCCACUAUGGCUUAAAGCUAUGAAUGGAGGCUGGAAAGAGAAUCAUUCCUAAGGAGGAGUACUUGGGAGGUUAGGAGCAAGAUCACCCUCUUCCCUUCAUCCCAUUCUUUCUACCAUUACAAAGAGAAUGCAAGAGAGAAACUUUGCUUGUACCAGCACUGAGAGGUGUUUCAAAAUUGCUUUCUUUUUACAGAAAAUGAAGUUUCUGAAUGAGAUCUGUGGCCUUAAAGGAAACCUUAGGUGGCAAAUGAAGUAAUUAGACCAUUUCUCCAGCAUUUGUCCCUACCUCUAACAGGUGCCUUCUGCCUGAUGACCUUAGUCCUCAGGGACGUGAUGGAGCUCCUAGAAGAAGAUCUCACCUGUCCCAUUUGCUGUAGCCUGUUUGAUGAUCCUCGUGUCCUGCCCUGCUCACACAACUUCUGCAGAAAGUGUCUGGAGGGAAUAUUGGAUGGAAACGUGCGGAACGUGCUGUGGAGGCCAUCCCCUUUCAAAUGUCCCACGUGCAGGAAGGAAACUCCUGUUACUGGAGUCAACAGCUUACAGGUCAAUUAUUCCCUGAAGGGUAUCGUGGAGAAGUACAACAAAAUCAAAAUAACUCCAAAAAUGCCUGUGUGCAAAGUGCACAGCGGGCAACCCCUGAACAUUUUUUGCCGGACAGACAUGCAGCUCAUCUGUGGGGUUUGUGCCACCCGUGGUGACCAUACAAAGCACAUGUUCUGUUCCAUCGAGGAAGCUUAUUCCCAGGAGAAGCGGGCUUUUGAAACCCUGUUUCAGGGCUUUGAAACGUGGCGUUGUGGAGAUGCGCUCUCUCGGCUGGAUACCUUGGAAACCAGUAAGAGGAAAGCUCUGCAGAUGCUGACCAAGGAUUCUGACAAGGUGAAAGAAUUCUUUGAUAAGCUGCAGCACACGCUGGAGCAGAAGCGAAAUGAGAUUCUCUCUGACUUUGAGACCAUGAAGCUUGCAGUGAUGCAGGCCUACGAUCCGGAGAUCAAUAAACUGAACUCGAUUCUGCAGGAGCAGCGGAUGGCUUUUAACAUUGCAGAGGCCUUCAAAGACGUGUCGGAACCCAUUGUAUUUCUGCAACAGAUGCAGGAGUUCAGGGAAAAAAUCAAGGUGCUCAGAGAAACCCCUUUACCUUGUUCCAGUGUGGACAUCACCCCUACAAUGAAGAGCUUUGAUACCAGCCAGUGGAAUGGAAUCAAAUUGGUUGACGUGGACAAACUUUCUUUACCUCAGGAAAACAACAGUCUGAAAUUGAAGAUUCCCUCAGUCUUUUCACGCAGAUUUAUAGUAGCCUCUCUCAUUUGCUUGUUUAUUCUUGCUGUCACCAGAAUGUCUUUUGUGGAGUCUGUGGUUGACAACUUCCAGUGCUGGAAAUCUCAGUUCUUUACCAUUAGCUUGUCCUACCUGGCAGAUACGGUGGAGAUAGCUGAUCAUGCAGUCUUUUAUUGGGAACAGAUGACUGAUGGAGCCUCACUUCUGAGUGAGAAAUGUAAAAACUACACGUUGGUUGUACUGGAUAAUGUUGCACAGUUUGUGUGCAAGUAUAAACUGUUGUGAAGUCCUUACUGAAACGUAAGAAGUAAAAGAGAUUUGAUGGGGAAAAAGAGCAUAGAACGUUGUAAAAUUAAUUUUUUUUUUUUUUAAAGACUGUCAUUGUAAGCAAUCAGAGAUUUGAAAUGCUUUCAGAUUGUCUGUAAUGUUCGUGUAGUUGGAGCACUACUAAACUGAAGGUGAAACAGAGCUCUGAAAAACAUGUUCCUGGACUUCUGUUGUGGUGGUGAUUAUGGAAUAUUCAUUUAAAAUCAUUUUCCUUACUGAAAUUUAGGGCCUUUGUACUUACUAUAAUGACAAAAUGCUUGUGGAUUAAGAAAUUGUAUAUUCUUUGAUAAAAAGCACUCCUAUAGGGCAUAGUUGAUUUUUUUUUUUCUUUCUUAAUUUGAAAGUCAUUUGGAAACAAAAAGAAGAGCUGUGAUUGAGAAGAGUGUACAGUAAUCUGAGGGGUUUAAGAUUGCCCUUCUACUGCAAAACACAGUGUAGAGUUCAGUCUGGAAUCCCUUUCUACCUGAGGGUGGUUUUACCUGUAUUCCCUGAAAAAUAAAUGUAUGUGUGUACGUAGGUGAAUAUAUCUACAUGUAUGUAUGUGUGUUUUUAUAUAUUUUUGUAAAACCACGAGUUGAAUUUUUCCUGUGUGUUCUGAUUACUUAGAUACUGUUUAUUGUUUACAUGUUCUAUACUACAAAAACAAAUUCAGGGUAAACACCUCGAAUAAAUUCUAGAGGUAAAAAGAAAUCAACUGAUACUGAUAAGAGAACAAGCUGCAAGGUACUCUAUACUUUGCAGUUUACUUCUCUAGCCUGGGUUGUCUUGUUUCAUCCGUGUCUCUUUGAAGCCAUGCUUCCUUAAGAUGUGGCUUUGAUGCUGACAGUCAGUGUGGUGAGAAGGCAGCUUGUGUUGUAGGCCUGCAACGAUGGCAGGAGGAACAGUUUCUCUCCAUCUGUGUCGAUCCAGAUUGUAAUUCUGAGAGCCAGGAAAAAAGAUGGGAUGAUUUGCUUGGAAUGGUGUGUAGGGCCUUGGGAAUAAGGAUGUUGUUGGUGUUUUAACAUCGAAGACAUAGGUAUGAUCUUUUAAUGUACUGGGAAUUGAGUUUUAUGGGUGUUAUUGGCUUGCUUGUGGGAUAACAAUGGCUUUAAGUGAACUGUAAGCUUGAGUUUGCUGAAGUGCCCUUCUUUAAGAGCAUAUGAUCCUGAAAUAUGUGGCCUGAAGUACAUCUCCCUUUUUCUUACGGUAGUCCUAUGAACAGCAAUAUAUAGAAUAAAAGCAUUCUGUCCACGUUUCCAGGAAAGAAAAGAAAUGGGUGCCAUACUUCGGGGAUGUUCCUUGGCCUCUAUCCUGAUUUAAUAUAUUGUGAUGAUCAGUUUGCUGUCUUCCAGUAGUCCUUGCAAGCUUCAAUUCCAAGAAACAAAGUUUCCAAGCAACCAAGCCCUGCAAACAAAAGGGUUGUAUUUGCAUCUUUGUUACCUGGGAGUGCUGCUGCUGCUGCUGCCCCACACUGUCGCUCCAGAUGGCCUGUGGGGUAGCAGAGAUCAAGUCACAGACAUACGGAGCGGAGCUGAGGUAGCGAUGAGCGGUCGAGAGGUGGUUGCUGUGAGUGUGGGAGGUGUGAGGUUUGUCACCCGGCCCUGCACCUUGCUGCGGUUCCCCGAGUCCAGGUUAG